UUCGCUAUUCGCCAUUUUAUUCGCGAUACUGUGGCUUACAUUUUAAGAUUAGUUGAUGGUGACUCCUGGGUCAAACGAGAAAAGACCAGCAAUAACGGAUUUAUUUAUCUCAUGUGUACACCCGGAAGUGGUGUAAUAGUUAAUGUCUCUGUGUUUAGUUUGAGAGUUUGAAGCAGGACUGUGUUUGUUUUAGCACUAAUGGGAAGUUGACCGAUCGGGAAUGGAAGAUGACUCUUCCGUGGCUGUGAAUGUCACCGCGCAAAAAAUGCCCGGUUAUAUCGGACGCGACGGGGAAUCUAUCCAUGUGUCCAGCGGGACUCGGAGCACAGAUUUCGAACGGGAUGUCCGUAGCUGCAGCGGCAGGGCAAUUGUGCCAUCACCAUCAACAUCAUCAUUAUCCUCGAGGGAUGUUUUGGAAUUUCAUAAAAACAAGCACAAGCCAGGGAAUUAUAAAGAAAAUAGGGAAACCAUUCGAGCCGUGGACAUUUUGAGAAGGAAUUUUGGAUCCCCUGUCAGUGAUCCAGAAUAUACCAGAGACCUGGAGAAAUUAGAAAAAGGAAUUGAGAUCAAACUGGAUGACUUGGAUCAUGAUGAAAGAAAAAAAAGUCCCAAACAAGACAUGGAAAGGAACUCAGUGUUGGGAGAAACGGAACUGUCUGAUCCAGAUGGGAACCUUAAUAAUGAUUAUAAGAUUGAUUUCAAGAGAGCUGAAGUCCUCAGCCAAUCAAAAGAGCAUGUUUACUGCACUGUGUACUGUAUUGCCAAUGAUAAUUAUAGGAUACAUGUCGAUAAAUCAUCUGAUAACGAGACGACAUCACGCUCGUCGUUAUCGUCAUCUUCAGAUGCGCCAAAUCAAUCAGAAUCGGACCAUGAUCCCUACCCAGAGCCAUAUACAGUCACCGACCUCGUGGUGUCUGGGAUGAACAGCUCGUAUAAUACAGACAGCAGUUCAUCUGUUGUGUUAACAUGUCAAAUUUGCCUCGAUUGCAAACAUAUCAUGCCCCUACACUGUUGCAUGAUGCCAGUUUGUGAGGAAUGCCUGAAAAGAUACAUCAGCUCACAGGUUGAAUUGGGCCGGGCACAUUUGGUUUGUCCCAUCCCGGAGUGCAGUGGUUAUUUGGAGGAGAGUUUGGUGAUUUUACAUCUGACCAGUGAGGAUCUGGCCAGAUACAAGUACUUCCUGGAGCUCAGCAGACUGGACUUUAGCACUAAACCCUGCCCUCAGUGCAGCCUGUUUACGUCACUGAAGGGACACAGCCAGCAGACAUCCACCAAGACUGAACACAAGUAUAAGAUUAAGUGCACAGAGUGCCAGUUUGUCUGGUGUUUUAAAUGCCACGCACCGUGGCACGAAGGCCUGAAGUGUCGAAACUACAGGAAAGGAGACAAACUGUUGCGUCACUGGGCCAGCGUCAUCGAACAUGGCCAGAGGAACGCCCAGAAGUGCCCACACUGCAAGAUCCAUAUUCAGAAAACUGAGGGCUGUGAUCACAUGACCUGCACACAGUGCAACACUAAUUUUUGUUACCGUUGUGGGGAAAAAUAUAGGCACCUGCGCUUCUUUGGGGACCACACCUCCAACCUGAGUGUGUUUGGCUGCAAGUACCGCUACCUGCCUGAGAAACCCCAUCUGCGGCGGCUGGUCCGAGGCUCUGUUUGUAUGAGUAAAGUGCUGGUGGCUCCAGUGGUCAUUGUUCUUGUCGUGAUCGUUGGAGCUCUGGCGCUCGCUAUAGGCCUGUUUGCUUUGCCUGUCUACUACGUCUGUAAGAGGAGAAGGAAGCGCUCAGAGGGGUCUGGCCACUGGAUGUGCUGAGUCAGCCUCUACCAUCCUGCUCAGGACCUGGACACACAAACACACCACAAAAAUAGCCUUGGGUGCCAAAAGGAUACUUGCCACCUAGAUACAGUACAACAGUCACAAUGUGAGAUUUUCCUGCCUACUGCGUCCUGUGAAAAUCCUCAAUUGCACCCUCUCCUACACAAAUAUCUGGGGGUAAACAUGGUGUCUUUGGCAUCAUGAUCAAAGUCUAAAUGGGGAGAUUCUGUUUUGGAAUGUUUUUAUGACCCCAAAACUGAUUUGAAUUCAGUUCAUUUAAAAAAAUGGAACUAUACACACUAUACACACUAUAUGCUGUUCCAAAACUGACUGACUGGUUUAAGCUGUUGUAUUUUAGCAGGGUAGGAAGCUAUCUUAAAGCAGUUGAAGCAGCUCACUGAAACAAAGCUUGAAGUACGGCAGGAUGUGUUAUAUAAUGGAGCCACACACCAUGAAGAUUUUUGUCCUUUUAUCUAUUUAUGACGUGCAUCAAAUGUUAUAAUCUGCAAGCAUUUAGUGCUUGAUGUUAAUGAUUCGAUUAUGGUGAUGAUGAAUUACUGUCUGUCUCUCUCUACUCCCCUUUAUCUGUGUGCUAUGCCAACAUCCGCAGGAAUUUGCAUGAUCAACAAAACACGUUUCUGUCUGCUGCACUGCUGAAACUAAAGGCCAAAAAUUAAACCAUAGCCCCAUGCCAAGACACAGGCCAUCUGUCAUGAAAAUCAAUAAGGUGUCAUGCAAAGUAUUAUCAGGACUGAUAGACACCCUCAAAAAUAAAACUAUAGACCAAACCCAAAAUACUGUAUAUCUAUGUGAUGCAUACUGCAUGCAUUAGACAUUAAUCCUGAUGAACUGCUGAUUACAUCACAUUUUUGUACUGUAUAUUGUUCUUAGAUAUGUUUCUCUAAUUUGAGGUUCAUUGGAUGGACACUUUGACAUACAUUUGUAGUAGUUUUUUUUUUUUAGCUUUGCACACAGAUAUGUAGCCACUGGGCAGCACUAUAUUAAUGCUGCAAAACAAAUCAUAAAAAUAUCUCUAUUUGAGAUAUUAAGACUUGUUUUAAGCAUAAAUCUAACAUCUAGUGAGGUUUAUAUUUAAAAAUCAAGACUAUUUGACUAAAAACUAUAUAAAAAAAUAUUAAUUAUAUACAUUAUUAUUAUUGGUAUCUAUUUUUUUUCUUGAAAAACAGGACAAAAAUACAGAUUGAGAAAAUCAGUGUUUUGCAGUACAUUAAGUGACAUGUUCAAAACUAUAAUUUCCCAAAAGGCAUCCCUGCUCUAAUAUUGCACAGUGUUAUAGAUUUAUAUUCACUGCAAUCUAUUGCCAACACAUAUAGAAUGGUGAACCUUGACCAUCAGAAAUAUAGUCACUCCACUGGAAUACGUGAAGUGAAAUGUAAACAAAAGGCAACCCCUUAAGCUUGUUUACUUGAUUUAAGCUAGCCAUUUAAUUCUCAAACAAAGGCUGGUCUGGAGUAAAGCCAGGAAGCACAGGGGAAAAGCACUUCCAGAAAGGACGUAAUCAGAGCAAGCAUGCAGGCUGUCCACAAUAUUAAGAAUAUGAGUAUUAAGGCAUGGCGCAACCGGCUGGUUUAAUACUCAUUCGGGACGUGCAUUGGGAGAAUCAUUUUCUUAAUCAAUAUUUUUAUUGUUGACCAUUUACAGUAUUAAAAAAAUCCUUAAAACAACAUACAAAAUUGCAUAAGUUAUUAAGUUGUGAAUUUAUAUUGAAUUAAGUUUAUUUUUCUUAUUUUUUUUUUGCAUACAUUUAACAAAUUGUGAGUUUUGUGCUUAAAACAAACAAAAAGGUAUUUGCCAAUGGGGUAAGAAAAAUGUACUUAAUUCAUGAUUUGUCUUAUUAUCUUGCUUCUCGAAUGAUUGUAUCUUGUUUUAAAGAUGUUUAGAUAAUUAGAAUGGAAACUAAUACUAAAAUACUGAUUAAGGAUUUGUUUGUUGUUGUUGUUGUUGUUGUUGUUGUUGUUGUUUUUGCAGUGUGAGAUGCAAAGUCCAGCUCUGAUUAUAAGUGAUUGCUAUCAUUUCAAAGUGGUUAUGAAUUGGGUUUUUGAGACAAUCAUUUAUUAAAAUGCACUCAGGCUGGUUGUGAAAGCCAUUCUCAGGGAGAAUUUCAUCACAUCUCUAUUGCUAUAGUAUAUCACUCCUGUGCAGAUAACACAAUUGUCUGUACAUAGUGUAUAUUGAGGGAAAAAGUAAAGAAAAUAGAAAUACAGUUAAUCAUUUUCUUAAUAUUUAUGUCUUGUUUUUCAUUAAAAAUAUCUUAAUAUCCCUAACACUGGUUGGAAGCAAAAUUGUGUUGUUUUCAGAGAAUGAAUUGGGUAUAGGAAUCUUGAAGUAUUUUUCCUUUUGUUUUAUAACCUGUUUUAAGCAUAAUACAAAUAACGAAUUUAGUGAGGUUUAUGCUUAAAGCAAUUUUUCAAUGUGGUAAGAAAAAUAAACUCAGGAUAUAUUCUCUGACAACUAGUUCAGUUUUGCUUCACUAUUAAAUUCCUUGUUUAAAGUAUUUUUCUCAAUAUGUUUUUUUACUGCACAGAAAUACAGAUUAAUAACAAAACAUUUCACCAUCUGGGUCCGAAUGUUAGAUUAUAAGCUUUGUAAAUAUCAGAACUGCUUUUUCAACUUGCUAAAAUUAUUAGUUGAAUGCACUGACAGUGCCAAUGUGGUUGUUUUAAUUAUUGUUUUCAUUAACAGAUGGUGCCUUUUAAAAAUGGGAUUAAACGUUACUCAAAGGAACUGUAUGAGCAAGUUCCUUCUGUAUAGUUUGAGAGCACACUGCUGUGAUCGAUAUCCAAAGACAUGUAAUAUUUUAUUCCCUGCAUACAUAUACUGUAGUAUGUGUCUGAGCCUUAUAGCACAACACCUGUGUCACAUGUAUUUUGUUUCAUAAAAAAUGCACAUUGUAUGGAUUUUAUUUCCAUGGUUACAUUUCUGUUGCACUUUAUUUUCAGUUAAAGUGUCAAUACAAGCCUGCAGACAGCAAACAUGUGUCAUUAUCAUAUUUAAUUAAGAAUUAAAAGGAGCUGCCAACAAUAUGAUUUCCAUUGCUUUUAAUUGGUUGUGGUGCUAAAGUAAGGAAAAUCAGUAUUCAUUUUGUUCAUACUUUGAAUUUGAUUUGAAUAAA